AGUUCAUACACAUUUCAUAUUCUCCUUCAGGCCAACUCAUUUUAAUUCUUACGAUCAAGGAAAGGAAUCAGGCAGCAUCAGUAUGAGUUCAGGAUUUUCAACUGAAGUUCCCGCUUGCGUGGUCAAGGAUUGCUACGAGUAUGAAGGCGUCAUUUAUCCCAAUUUCAUGCCCAAGCAUGUGAUAGAUCGUGUCAGGAAGUUUGAGUGUCGACCCGAUGAUCUCUUCAUAGUAACCUAUCCCAAGUCAGGUACCACGUGGGUAGAGCAUCUGUGUAUGUUGAUUAAACAAGACGGAGAUGCCGGCCAGCAAGAAGGCUCCCAUCUUAUAAUGAAUAUCCCAUUUCUUGAGUAUUUUCAAGACCAGACAUCGCCACCAUUUAUUGAUUUAGCCGAGAAGAUGCCAUCUCCAAGGAUGCUCAAAUCUCACUGUCACACCCCCUUUCUACCCCCGGGUAUCCGAACUGAUGAUCCGAAAGCAAAGGUGAUUUACGUAGCCAGAAACCCGAAGGAUACGGCUGUCUCCUACCACCACUUUUGUCAAUAUAUUCCGUUACUUCCGAAGUAUGAAUCGUGGGAUGUUUUCUUUGAGGAGUUUCUUGCCAAUAGGGCUCCCCAAGGAUCCUGGUUUGAAAACGUGUUACCAUGGUGGAAGAAGAGAGAUCAUCCUAAUGUUCUCUUUCUCAAAUACGAAGAUAUGAAGAAGGAUCUUACAGGAUCCGUACGACAGAUAGCCAAAUUCAUGGGGAAGUCCCUCUCUGAUGACGCCAUCGCUAAAAUCGCAGAAGCUUCGACGUUCAAAGCAAUGAAGAACAACCCUUCAUCAAACCCAGAUACUGUGAUAAUGAAGGGUAUAGAGCAGGCUGGGAUGGAGAAACCAAAAGACAAAUCAUUUAUGAGAAAAGGUGUGGUUGGAGAUUGGAAGAAUUAUUUUACUGAUGACCAAAAUAAACGAUUUGACGAACUGUAUGAGAAGGAAAUGGCCGGAUCUGGACUUGAAUUCGAGUUUUAGGAUUGAUGUUUAGGCAGAAAGAUUUUAUUGGUUUUAUCUGUGACAUGAGCGAUAGAUCAUAUUGAAGUAUUAAUUUCUAUCUAUAAAAUAGUGUCGUUUUAAUGUA